AUGAAUGAGGAACAGAUCCUUUAUGUAGUGGAAAGCAUAAUUAAAAGCCAACCGGAUGAGAUGUAUGAGAACAAGAUUUAUUCUGUGAAUGACGGAAGCAAAGGAAGGAUAGACAAGGCAAUACUGAAGAGUAAGCUUCCGCAAGGAGAUUGGAACACUCCACAUACGGAAAUAAUGGUAAAGGUUGAUGAUGAUGUUAAAAUAGUUGUACAAAAUAGUCCAAUGUAUAUUUAUGAGGAGUAUAUAAAGAUGGACAGAAACAUGACACAGUCACCACUGAUUGUGGAUGGCCAUCUUAAGUGUAGCAGAAGCGUAUCAGACUUCGGAGUUCAGGUUAAGGAAUUCUUUUUGUCGGACGAUGUUGUCUUUACUCCUGUUGGGAGGGAGGAUUUUGAUGUCCGAAUGGUGGAAGGAAGGCCCCUCCUGCUUAUUGUGAAGAAUCCUCGAAGAAACCUUAGUUUUGAAGCACUGAAAUUAGCUCUUUAUGACGGUCUUGAGAUAAGGGAUCUGUGUGUGGUGAAGAAAGAAUGCAAAGGCACGAUAUUCCAGGGAGAGAGUCUGUCAAACAAGACAUAUUCUGCCUUUCUAUGCUCAGAAAGGAGCUUGACAUACAGAAGGGUUGUGUGA